CCGAGCCGCGGCGAAAGCGGAGCCGGGUCCGACGGCGCGGGAGCUGCGCCGCCCCCUCGCCCCGCCGCCGGCCGCGCCAUGGACGCAGGAGUGGACACCAAAGGGGGUGCUGGCCCGGAGGCCCCGGAGGCCCCCCCGAGACCCGAGCUCCCGCAGCUCCCGCGCCGCCCGCAGCUCCUGGAUGAAGACGGAGGGCCCAGCGAGGAAGCAGCCGAGGACGCCCCGGCCCCCGCCGUGCCCCCCGACUCCCCGGCCGCCGCCGCGGCGCCCCCCGCCCAGGCCCCGGCCGCGGGUGAGGGCGAGGCGAGGCCGGGGCCCAAGGCGGCCGCCGGCGGCAUCCCCAACAUCGGCUUCGUGGGCGAGCCCCCGCCCUACGCGCCGCCCGACCCCAAGGCCGUGCACCUGCUGUACCCGCCCUUCCCGCCCGGCCCGGUCCUCUUCCAGCCCGGCCCCGCGCCCCCCGCCCUGUUCCCGCCGCCCGCGCCGCUCUACCCCGCGCCCGCCCCGCCGCCGCUCUUCGCGCCCUUCCCCGUGUACAACAGCCCCCUGGCCGGCGUGCCCGCGCCCGCCACGGUGGAGCACAGGCCGCUGCCCAAGGACUACAUGAUGGAGUCGGUGCUGGUGACCCUCUUCUGCUGCCUGCUCACCGGGCUCCUCGCCAUCGUCUACUCCCACGAGACCCGCUCGGCCCUGAGCCGGGGGGACCUGGCCCAGGCGGAGGAGGCCUCCCGCAAGGCCCGCUCCCUCGUGCUGUUCAGCCUGCUCUUCGGGGUCUUCGUGUCCACCAGCUGGGUCAUCUACGUGCUGGUGGCCCUCUACCUCCCCUGAGGCUGGGGCUGCUUCGGGGACGUCAGGAUGCCCGGACACCCACCCUGCCGGACUCCUGUGGACUGUGAUCCCUGCUGGGGCCAUCUGUUGCCUACCGAGGGGACCCGGGGGUAGGAGCGGGAGGGAUUGGCGCACUCAGCACACCCGUGGCUGCCUCAGCCCUGAUGGGCAGUGUUCUAAUCUGCAGUGGUCUCAGGGCCCAGGCCCAGCUGAGGAAUGGGGGCCCCGGGAGCCCCAUUUCUUUGGUGCCUCCUCCUGAGGUCUUCCUGGGACUGCUGGCCGGGCCCGAGGCCCCUGCCUUCACCUUACCCCCAGGAGACCAUCAGAGGGACCAGAAGUCUGUGUCCUCAGCGCCAUCGGGGUGGGGGAGGGGAACUGCCCUCCUGGCCUCCUUGCUGGGUUGGUCAGGUCACGGCACAGCUGCGGUUCGGUUCCCAUGGGGCUGGUGGGCGUGGCCUCCUCCCGCCUGGCUCCUGGCUGGUCGGUCAGGGCCCCGCCUCUCACGCCGCCCGCUGUGCCCAGAAACCAAAGCCAUGUGUCUGUUUCUUCCUCUGCAAAGUGGGAGCAACAGCUGGGCCCCCACACCUCCCCCUUUGACUCACCAGCAGGGGGCACUGUGACCGACAGUAACUUCCUUGGCUGGUCCAGUCCUGGCCUUCAGAGCGCCCGCUGCUCAAGCGAGUGGGCUUCCCUCCUCCGUCAGGGGCCGCAGCAUGGCCUGCCCUGGACCCCUGGGCGGACCAGGGAGGGGACCCGUGGGUGCUGGGCGCAGUGCCCGGCUCAGGUGCUCUCGGCGGUGAUGGUGGCGGUUCCAUAGGGUCUUCCACAGCCCGAGGGGAGGGGAGGGCAGGGCAGGGCGUGAGGGCCUCACUGUGCGUGGCAGGGCAGCCCGGUGCCUCCCGCUCAGCAGGUGGGAGGCCGCUCACUGAUGGGCGCGCUCCUGCAAGGGCCCAGAGCUUUCACCAGAUUCUCGAGGGGCCUGUGACUCAAGAUGACAAACCAUCUGCACGGAGAGGAGGGAGGCCCCGCUGGGCCAGAGAAGACUGGCAGCUCGCGUUCAAUCGCCUGCUUUCUGCACCUCUGGGUGCUGCCCGCAGCCCUGGCUCCUGGCACCGGGCGGAGGCAGACGCCUGACUCAGCCCUGGAGAUGCUGGGAGCCUUGGGCCAGGGCGUCGGCGAUGCGCACAGCUGGCUGGGGCUGGGCCAGUCGGCACGUCAGUCACCCUCGUGCAAACGGCCCCGAAGAGGAGGAGGAACAGUGCAGAGGACUCGCUGAACCCACAGCAACAGCUGUUCCUACUGAACUACGUAAACGCCAAGGAAAGAAGUCCCUGGACCGUGCCCUGCGCUGUGGGUACGAAGCGCGGGCACCUUGCAGAAGGGCAGGCUCGGAGUCGGGACGUGGGAGCGGAGAGUCUGCAUCUCUGAUGAGCUCCCAGUGAAGCAGAAGCUAAGGAGCCAACUGGAAACGGCACAUUAAAUGGGGAUUAAAACCAUUAAAAACCAUUCUGCAGGAGCAAUCCAUGGAGGCCCCUAGUGUCUCUAUUCAACAUUGUGUUAAGGUUCUAGCUAACGUAAAAAACAACAAAGUGAAAUUUGUAGUAUGAAACUUGCAGUCUCUGUCAAAAGAGACAACGUGAUUUUCUAGCUGUAAUAUCCAAGAAUCAAAGAAAAAAUUAGAAUAACUGUAAAAUAGUUGGAUACAAAAUAAAUGUGAUAGUCAUUAGCAAUAAUCAGUUAAAAUGGAAAAAAUUUUGAAAAAUUCCACUCACAGUAGUGAUAAAACAGUAGAAUCUAGAAAUAACUUUGAUAAGAAUGAUCUGGGCCCAAGUGAGGAAAAUGAUUUUUAAUUAUAUAUAUAACUUUAUAUAUACAGCAGGUCCCCCCAAAAUGCAUAUACACUUUAACAGCUGAUAGCUCAAUUUUGAAAAUGAAAUGUAUUUUAAUAAACACUGCCUUUAUAAUUAUUUAAAGUGUGUACCUACAUUUUGGGGGAACACCCUAUAUAUAUAAAAUUGAACAAAAUAUCUGGAUAGGAAGAUGUAGCAUUCUUAGCGAUUUAAUGAAAUCCCAACAAGAAAGCCGUUUUUCUUGUUUUAAAACUAUAACACAAGUUUUUAAAAAUAGAAGGGAAAUGUGUAAAAACUUACACUUGUUUAGAGAACUGAAUGAGGGGCCUGUCUUCCCUGGCUAGUAAAGCUUAAUAUAGAGCUACAGUACCUAAGACAGCGCGGCCAGCAGAACACCCAGUGAACGUCCCCAGGGCGCGGGGAGUUACUACCCGAUCAAAACGGCCUUUGAACUGAGUGGGUCAAGGACUCAGAAAAGCAGUUGGCUAUGUGGUUGGAAAAACAUUCUCAACUUGUAUGGAAAAGUGAACUGCAGCUGGACUACAGAGCUGAGUCGAGGAGUCCCACACACAGGAGAGAGCCUGGGAGGGCGCUGGGGAGGCCCCUGGCCGUCUGGAAAGCCAGAGGGAGGGGCCGAGAUCCGGUCCCACAGAAGCAGACGGGGCCUGGCCAGGUCGGGGACAGAUCAGGACGGCUGCCGCCUCCCUGUAGUGGGCAGUACACUGUGUCGUCUGUCGAUAAGGUAUGUGCCGUAGACUUACAUGCGCGCAUGUGCAAAGGACAGUGUCUGAAAGGAAGUUGCAAACUGCUGGCAGUGGCUGCCCGGGAACCAGGAGCCGUGGUGCCACGCCUGGCUGAACCUGACGAUGGGAUUCAUACGUCGUGUCAUUAAAAAUGAAGAAAAUGCGCUGCCUUUGGCCUCAGCGGGCCCAGUUUUAGGGCUCGCCGUGGUGGAGAUUGUCUUCGGAGGCUCCGGGCCAGUGUGGAGACGGAUGGGUCGUGAGUGACUGUGCUGACGCGCCCUGGAGGGGGGGCUGGGCACAUGGAACGUGUGCAGCGAGAGAACGCUGGCUUCGGGGUGGAAUGCCUGCGGCCAGCUGGGGUGGCACCCGAGGAAGCCGUGGCGCUAUCACCUCAGCCCAGGGAGAGGCUGCGCUCCCACCCCCCAUGGAGGGCAUUCCAGUCGCUGGCGCUGCCACCCUGGUGUCGCCGUGGCGUGGGUUCAGCAGCUCCGGGGCUGAGGCUGUGGCGGCGGCUCAGUGUGGCUCUGACUGGCGUUUCUCCGAUGACUGAUGACGUGGAGCCCGUUAGCAGCUCUGGAUUCUCUGUAUGACGUCCCUGCUCAAGCUGGCGCCCUUUUCUAAAGUCUGGCCACGGAGGUGGUUCUGCGUGUCCUUCCUUUCAUCUGCGCGUCGCAUUGAGGGGCGGCGAGGCCGCGCUGUGAAAAUCGGUAAGCUCUGGCGGCAGCUCAGCUGGCACAGUUCCCGUCUCACUCACGCGAAGUCCAGUGUGGGUGGCAGGGCGGCCCAGUCUGGGCUCCUUCGCGCGGGGCUCUGCGUGUCAGCCCCUGGAGCCUGCGCGGCCGGGAGAGGCACACCCGCUCAUUUGUUCUUCAGGUUCUGAGCACCGGUGAGAUCACGUGGCAUUUGUCUCUGACUUACUGCACUCAGCACCGCGCCCUCUCGGCCCAGGCACGCUGCCACCAUGGUAAGACUGCAUUCUUUUGGGGGCUGAGUGGUAUCAUCCCAUUCUAUACACGCACCAGGGCUCUGUUACCCACUCGUCCUUUGAUGGGCAGUGGGUUGCGUCCAGACCCUGGCUGUUGUCAAUAAUGCCGCAGUGGACAGUGUUUGGGGUUUCUUCAGAUAUUUCCCAGGCGGGAUCGGUGGGUCAAAAGCAGCUCCAUUUGUAACUUUUCGAGGGGACAUCCAUCCACUUCUGCAUCUGUCCACAGCAGCCAGCAGGCCCGGGACUGGGAUGAAUGACAGGGCCCUUAGUGAGGGCACAUGGGGUGCCCAAGCACACGGCCAACUUGCGAAUAUCACUCCGUCCUUGCAUUGCGGAUGCGUCCAAUGGUCAGGGAGGACUGCUUUUAUAGUGCCGGGCUGGGGAUAAGGUGACUCUGGCGCUUCUGCGUCAGCAUUCGCCUGUAAUUUUCUUGCGCUGUCCUUGUCUGGAUUGGACGCCAAGGUUGUAUUCUACUCCUGAAAUGAGGCAAGCAGUGUUUCCCUGCUGUUCUCAGGGCUCGUGUGAGACUGACGCUCCUGUCUGUCUGACAUAAAGUACCUGUGACGCCUGUCAGGACCUGCUAUCCGAGUGGAUUUCGAACCAAAUUUAAUUGUGUAAUGUCAAGUACCUCUUCGUUGUAGCACUUACCAUGGCUGUGAUAUUUCCCUCGUGUGACAUUAAAUGCAGAGGAUGAAAUGAGGUAAAGCUGUUUGCAAAGUGCGUGGUGCCCACUCAUGCUGGGUGAGUUGUACCAGUGGCAACAGCUCACCAGACACUGCUACAGGCUGUGGCUCGCUGAGCUCACGCGGUGGAAGCUGGGAGGACCCCUUAUGGCUGAGCAGCUGGGAACAGAGAAGGCACCGCGUACCCACGGCCACUGGCUUAUGGGCUGCGGAGCCAGGACCAGAGCCUAUUAGCCAGGAGCCAUGUCCCUCCAGCAUGUUCUGAGCACGCAAGACUAAAAGACCCAAACCUGACCUCACUGGUUCCGGAAUGAUGCACCUAGUGGACACCUGGGUGGUGGUGUAAAUGAGUGAGGGGCCAUUUCUCAUCCCCUGGGACACCAAAUGGCCACUGCACCCGAAGCCUGGCCUUGUGCGUGGACAGACCCGGAGCCUCAGGUUGCUUCCAGGCCUCUGACGGUGGAGGGAGCCUGGGCCCCUGAGGGCGGAGGGAGCCCAGGCCCCUGACAGGAGCGAGUGUGGGCACCACCCCAGCAGCGGCCAGGCCGAGGAGCCACAGGAAAGGCGGCGCGGCACCGUCACUGUGACACGCGGUAGCACACAGGCGCUGUCACCUGCGUUUAUUUUCCUCUCAUACAAAAGUUACACAUUUGAAAUGUCUGCAGGAAGCUGCCCCAUCAGCCGUUAGUCGGGAAGAUA